CUCGGCGAGUAUCCCACAGCCUCCAUGACUCAGGCCUCAUGACUGCGUUUGAGAGGCGGCUAUGCUAACUGUCCAGGUCGACGGGUAUAUAGACUCCACCAUCCGUAUUCCCGUCUUCAUGUUGAGCUGCUGAAGACUCUGCAACUACCGAUACUCCACCGCAUACUUACUUACAUCCACGGUUUUACCUAUUCGACAUGAAAUCAUCAAAUCUCCUCGCCGCGUUGCUCAUCUCGGUGGCAGCAGCAUCACCAAUGGCUCCACGCCGAGCCAUGAUGCUCACUCCGCCUGUCGAAGUUGAUCGUCGUGAUGGGACUACCGAGUUCGAUCCAGACCUAGCGUUCAGAAAGGAAAAGCGCGAUGGGACAACGGAGUUUGACCCAGACCUUGCCUUCAAGAAGAAUCGCCGUGAUGGGACUACCGAAUUUGACCCGGACCUUGCCUUCAAGAGAAGCAAAAAGCGUGAUGGUACCACAGAGUUUGAUCCAGACUUGGCAUUUUAGAAUCUAUGGCAGGGCUCAUAGGGAGAGAAGGUACUUGUGAAUGGGCACCUGCAGGUUAGGUCUUGGUUCUCAACAGCCCUAGAUACCUCUACUUAUCACUUAAACAUGGUUCGAUAUUACUACUUCCAACAUACCUAUUUGUGACAA